AUGACCUCUUCGGCCCUCCUCAACACGCAAGCCGACCCGCACCGCUGCGAUCACAUCAACCCGAGCACGGGCAAGCCCUGCAACACUGUCUUCUCUCGCCCUUACGACCUGACCCGUCACGAGAACACCAUCCACAACGUUCGGAAGGUCCGCUGUAACCUUUGCACCGACGACAAGACACUCAGCCGGGCGGAUGCCCUCACGCGGCACUGCCGGGUGUACCACCCCGACGUCGAGCUCCCUGGCAAGCAGCGUAGCGGUUGA